UUCUUCCCUUCCGACCUGCCUGCCGUUAUCUCCGCUUUCCUCCACCACCCAUUCCGUGCGGCUGUCAACGCACUGUCUUUUUCACCGCUCAGCGAUAGUCUCUCGCAACACUUUCGUUCCCCCGGCAGCGCUUACCGGUAGUUACUAACACUCUCGAUAUCUCUCCCGACUCCGUUGAUUUCCCCCCCCCAGCGGGGCAUGUGUCGGCCGCAAGUGGAGCGGCCGCUAGCGGCGCUCUCGCUGCUGCACCACCAGCUGCAGCAGCGCCGCCAGCCGUGGCUCGCGCCCGACUGGUCCCCGCCGGAAUCCGUGCCGGAUGAAGCGGAGGCCGCCGCCGCGUGGCUGCGCUUCCAGCGGCGGCGGGUGCGGCUGCUGACGCGGCGCAUGCGCUUCCUGCUGCUGCUGUUGCUGGCGCUGGGCGUGCUGCAGAUCGUGCUGGGCACCUACGUGUCGUAUUGCUUCCACGCGGCCGUCGCCAAGCACCGCGCCCGGAACCAGGAGCUGCAGCAGGCGCUGGUGCGGGCAGGCGAGGCGUGGCAGUGGCAGCAGCAGUGGUGGGCGCAGAGCAAGCAGGACAGGGCGAAAGGGAGAGCAGCACACAGCAGCAGCAGCAGCAGCAGCAGCAGCAAGACGGGCAAGGGGGAGCUGGGCCUGCCUACUGUCUCCCUCCCUGCCAGGACCCUGCUUGCUCUUGACCCUGCCCUUGAUGCUGUGCACAUGGCAUUAGAUGAUGAGGAGGAGGAAAUGGGUAGUGAUGCUCGUGCUGAUGAUGCCGAUGGUGCGACUGCCAAUGACACUGUUCAGUGUAUAGAUGGCUAUCUCUCAGCUCCUGCUGCUUCUUCUUCUGCUCCUGCUGCUGCUGCUGCUGCUUCCACGUGUAGUGGUGCUGUCGCUGUCAGCAGUGCGGCCUUGUUGCCUGCCAUGUGCUGCGACCACCAGUGGCUGCACCACAUGCCACACUCAGCACACGAGGGAAUGCCAUCCCACACUCAGCACAGCAGCAGCAGCGGUAGCAGCAGCAGUAGCAGUGGUGGCGGCAGCAGAAGCAGCACUCAUCAACCUAUUAGCGUGCAUCAACCCUAGCAACGCGCCCCAUACCUGUCAGCCCGGCUCUCACCAAUCUCCUGCUCCCAUCCCAUCUCCUCCCCAGCCGCCCAGUUUGGUUGGCCCAUGGAUCAACUGUUGUACAAUACAUUUUCUCCUGUUGGUUAGGUGUACGUAUAUUCCAAGCUGAAAUUACCCAACGAUAUUGCAUUCUCCUUAGGUCAGUGCUUGUUUGACUCCUUUAACCGUAGUAUACUU